GCCGUGACGUCCUGGGGCGGGUCGGUGCCGGGCCGGGCCGAGCCGGGCCGCGGCGGUUGGGGGUGCCGGUACCGCCGCCAUGUACCGGGCCCUGUACAGCUUCCGCUCGGCCGAGCCCAACUCGCUGCCCUUCGCCGCCGGGGAGACGUUCCUGCUGCUGGAGCGCAGCAACCAGCACUGGUGGCUCGUCACCCGCGCUGGCUCCGGCGAGACGGGCUACGCGCCGGCCUCCUACCUUCAGCGGCUGCAGGUGCUGGAGCAAGAUGUGGUUCUCCAGUCUAUUGACCGUGCCAUUGAGGCUGUGCACAAUGCGGCAAUGAAGAACGGGGGAAAGUACAACCUGGAGCAGAGAGAUGUCCUCCAAAAACUGAUCCAUCACCGGAAGGAGACUGUGUCCCGCAAAGGUCACUCUCCCACCCCUCAGGGGAUGGUUAUGACGCAGUCCUCCAGUGAUCACCAUUUGGAUGUGGCACGGCAGCCCAAUGGGGUGUGCCGGACAGGAUACGAGCGACAUCACAGUCUUCCAAACACUGAGUUUGAGGAGGAGGACGAAGGUCUCUAUCAGAUCCCACCACAGCCCCGGCGUGCUGCUCCUAUCACCCCACCACCUCCAGAGAAACGCAAGAACACGCAGAUUACUGCUCCCAUUAAAAAUGCUAUUGAAAUUAUCCCUGGGUCAGCUUCUAGCACCUCCUCUAUAAGCACGACAUCCCUGGAUACCUUGUACACUGCUUCUUCUGUGUCAGAGGCUGCUCUCCCAACGGCCACCUCCAGUCCUGCCAACACCCCACCCCCUGUCCCGAGCCGGAGUGUCCACACCACGAUAACACGUAAUUUGGAUGCCAGCUCUUUGACGCACUCCCGUUAUGGGUCUUCCCCAAAGGAUGGGGCCAGCAAAUCUCCCCAGACCAAGAGGGCUGCCCCAGCACCACCAGCUGAAGGGGGGCCCCAGAGGUCCCACACUGUGGAUGGGGAGAAGACUUCUCAGGUGAAGAAAGCUGCCCCGCCACCCCCUGCAAGCCUAGAUGCCUUCAACUCCCUCUGCCUGGAGGAUAAGAAGGCGGCUGUAGUAGAGCCGGUGCCACCAGAACCCAGUGGUCUGGCGGCAUCUGUGCCCAAGACAAUAGGUGCCGAACUGAUCGAGCUGGUGCGCAGAAACACCCACCUCAGCUACGAGCUGUCCCGUGUGGCUAUCGGCAUUGUCAUCGGCCACAUCCAGACAUCCAUUCCAGCAACUAGCAGCAUCAUGGAGCAGAUUCUCAUCUCCGUGGUGGAAAGUAAGAAUCUGAGUGCGGGGCUGCCCUCAGGACAGAUCUGCCACGAUGAGCAGCGGCUGGAGGUGAUCUUCGCAGAUCUGGCCAGGCACAAGGAUGAUGCUCAGCAGCGCAGCUGGGCACUCUACGAGGAUGAAAAUGUCAUCUGCUGCUACCUGGAGGAGCUGCUUCGCAUCCUGACAGAUGCAGACCCUGAAGUUUGCAAGAAAAUGUGCAAGAAGAAUGAGUUUGAAUCCGUCCUGUCCCUUGUGGCGUAUUAUCAGAUGGAACACAGGGUGCCAUUACGGCUGCUGCUGUUGAAGUGCUUUGGAGCCAUGUGCAACUUGGAUGCUGCAGUCAUUUCAACACUUGUAAACUCUGUGCUGCCAAUGGAGCUGGCCCGGGACAUGCAGACUCACACACAAGAUCAUCAAAAGAUGUGCUACUCUGCACUGGUGCUGGCAAUGAUAUUCUCCAUGGGGGAGCCCCUGCCGUAUCAUCACUAUGAACAUCUCAACUCUCAGUUUGUGCAGUUCCUGCUGGAUGUGAUUGAGGAUGGACUGCCCUCUGACACAACUGACCAGUUGCCUGACUUAUUUGUCAAUGUUCUUCUGGCCUUCAAUCUCCACAUUCCAGUUCCAGAACACAGUGUGAUCAUGACUACAAUAAGCAAGCACUCAAAUGUCAAGACUUUCACAGAAAAGCUGCUGCUGCUGCUGAACAGGGGAGAUGAUCCAGUUUGUAUCUUCAAGCAUCAGCCUCAACCGCCGCACUCAGUGCUGAAGUUUCUGCAGGACAUCUUUGCCAGCAAGGAUACAGCCAGCAUCUUCUACCACACAGACAUGAUGGUCCUGAUAGACAUCCUGGUGCGGCAGAUUGCUGAUCUCUCCCCAGGAGAUAAGCUGAGGAUGGAGUAUCUAUCUCUGAUGCACGCCAUCAUCCGCUCCACACCCUAUCUGCAGCACCAGCACCGCCUCUCCGACCUGCAGGGCAUCUUGCAGCGCAUCCUGGGGGAGGAGGAGGAGGGCCAGCAGUGCCAGAUGGACAAACUGAUCAUCCUGGAGAUUUAUAAGGAGUUCCCAGAAAUUUCUCCCAGUACUAGCUAACCACCCUUUGGCUUGGACUGGAGUUUGAACCGCUUGGAUCUACGAUGUCUCUUGUUGACACUUUCUUCCUAUUCCCUUCCAGUACAGCUCAUACCUUAUAUCCCUCUAUGCGAGGCCUAAGGUUGGGACAGCAUUCACUGGCCCUUCAGAGAUGCCAGCAGCAGGAAGGGCAGGGGGUGCCCCCAGGGCCUGGUGCUCGGGAAAGGUCAGAGUGGGGUGGGUGCUGGUGUGUGGUUUGCCUGCAAGACUCAGGUGGGAGGUAUUUAGGCAGUGGGAAGGGCAGAGAGCUUGCAAGGGACUUAGCGGGUGUCGGGGGUGUUUAGCUGUGCUGGUGUCCCGAGGUCCCAAAGCGAAAGGCCUUUGCCUUAGAGUAUCACUUCUUUUCCAUGUGCAUAUCUCUCCCCGCAGUGACCAAGUAGAAUCUGCUGGUGCUUGGAAGAAGCUUUCGUAACAUCUGUUUUGUUUUCUGCUGCUAGUGCCAAUGUGAUCCAGCCCUGCUAAGGGGAGGUAGCUCGCUCGCUGUCUUAACGCCUUGUCUAGUGAGCCUUUCACUCCCUCCUGGCCCUCAGCUUUGCCUCUCGGUAGCAGCUCACCUGGGGUCAUAAGCAGCUGUUGUGAUAAGACCUUUUUUUCAGUCUGCUUUCUAUAGUGAUGUUUAAAUCUGAAUUUCUUGCACUGUGGCAGCCUAGAAGUAAUGACCAUGUGGGUGAUGCUACCCUUAGGAAGCCUUUGGCCCUGGACACAGCGCAAAGACGGGUCCUGCCAAGCGAAAGCUGCUGCUUGCCAUCUCUCUUGCAGUGUUGCCCUGGGGGGCCUGAACCUGAGGGGCUGUGUGUGGGCAGACACGCCCUGUUUGUGAAGCGUGUGGAUUUCUUACCUUGAGCUUCAUAGUAGCUCUGUCUCGCUGCCCACCCUCUCCACGUGGCAGUGCUCGGAGGCAGUGUGAGUCUGGUGUCCAGUAGCUUUUGUGACUAUGCACGAGUGUGGGGAACCCUUAUUUAUUUUUCCUCUAGGUUUCUAGCAAAUGGGAUUAACCUGUUUCCCUGUUACAGAUAGUCACACACACUAAUGUGGGUCUCAAAUAUUCUUGUGCGCAGUCUGGUCACUCCCUGUCCUCAGCUCUUCCUUUGCAGUAUCCAGUGUAGGAGCUAUUGGAAAGUGGAACUGGAAAUACUGAGCACUGGUUUUGUGUUGUUUUUUUUUUGUUUGGGGGGGUUUUGGGGGUGUUUUUUGUAGCUUGAGGCGAUGACACAAACUCCGCUCUGCAGGCCUGGACUCUGGGUACUGGGGCAGUGAUGCUUAGGAACAGAGGGGGUUGGCCUGGCAGCCAAGGGGGACAAGGACCCCCUGAAGUCAGCCUGGGAACACCCAAAGCUUGAUAACCACCCUCAGAGAAACCUAUAUUUCCCCUGUAAAAAUGUAUGAAUGUCAAAAGGGAUCCUGUAUUUUCUUAAACACUAAGUGUAACAUGCAGAAGAAUAAAAAUGUCUUAAACUGGA